AUGCGGCGUCCAGGAUAUCGUAGACGGUUGAGAGGUUUGCAAACAUUGCAAAGUCUGAAAACGAUGAUACUUACUAAGAUAAGGAUAACUGAAAUGAGAACGCUGGGAUCUAUUACUGGUUACAGUCUUAGGGAAAAAAGAAAUGGGUUUGUAAGUGAACAAGGCUGCGUCCGGGAUAUGAAUUCACCUCCCACUGUCCAAGAACUUAUUGAUAACAUUAGUAAACUAAAACCAAACUUGGAAAGCCAACAUUUAAAACACGAAGAUGACAUAUUUUCACAUAAUUGUUGUUUGAGUAACAAAAAACGACAUGAAAUAGUUAUAUUGUCUCCAGUAAUCGAUCAAAUAUCUAAAGGUGUUGAAGCUGAUCUGGUGUUAGAUAUUGGUUCAGGUUUGGGUUACCUCUCACAUCAUUUACAUUCCAAAUACAAACACAAGGUCCUAGGUAUCGAAUGCUCCAAGCAGUACGUAGUUCAGGCCUAUAAAAUGCAACAAAAGAUAUACCCACAUUGCAAAAAUGGAGUACAGUUUGUAGAUCACUAUAUCGAUGCACAAUCUGCUGGAAAGAUAUCAUCUCUAAUACAAGAAACUUUUACUGAUUUUGACCCCAAGUCGGUCUCUUUGGUUGGUCUCCACGCAUGUGCAGACCUCAGCGUAACAGUCUUAGAUCUGUUCAGUCAACUUGACCGCGUCAAAAGCUUAGUUAUUAUGCCGUGUUGCUAUCAUAGACUUAAAUUAAAAGAGGAACAGGAUGACAAAGAGUACUUUUAUAAUUUCCCUUUUAGCAAUGUUUUUAAAGAUAUUUUUGAUAAAGCUAGUGGUGAAUAUUUUUUAAGGAGAUCCUUUUUGAGGCUAGCUUGCCAACAAGCUUCUAGAAACUUUUGUAAUAUGUCUCAAGAAGAACAUGUGGAGCAUUCUACAAACCUAAUGUUUCGUUGUAUACUACAGUUGGUUGCAGAAUCAGAAAACUUGGAUAUCAAACGUCUUAAACGAAAAUCAACAACACACUCGUCAACUACAGACAUCGAAGACUACUUGAGUCAUCUACCAAGUACACACCAACUGAAACCGCGCAACCCAAACGAUAAUCACUUAAGUAUUACUGAUGAGGUAUUCUUGAAUAAAAUGCGUGACAAGUGGAAUGAGUACAAAGACAAAUGUUUUUUGUUGGAAGUUUUAACGGGACUUCAAGCUGCUUUACAAAAUGUGUGUGAAAACAUUGUUUUACUAGAUAGAGUGGAAUAUUUGAAGGAAAAAGGAUUCGAAGCUCGUGUACAGAAAAUUACUGAUGAUUUAGUUUCACCUCGAUGCUACGCAUUGAUAGCUAGAAAGGAGUGA